GAUGACGACGUGCACCCGAGCCCAGCCACCCGACGCGUCGCGAGUCGUCCUGACCCAACCGGAGACGGGAGAGACAGCCUCCGCCUCCGCCGCCGGCCGACGACCAUGUCUCUGGCGGCUAUCUUCGUCUUCGUCCUCGUCUUCGCGCUGCAGCUGCUGGACGGCUACCUCGACCUCGCCAAAAAGAGGGGAUCACAAAGUGAGGAGCAGAUCAAACUACGGCUUGAAAUCAAGCAACUUUUGACGGAGGCUAAUCAGCUGUCAACGCCGUCCACAUUUGCACAAGCUGCUAAACUCAAGCGUCUGGCUGUUGCCAAGGAGAAGGAACUGGGAAAAAUACAAGAACAGGACACUAAAGGGACACAAUCCUUGUAUGACAAAUACGGAAAAUUUAUGUUGGUUACUAAGGUACUAAUUUAUGCCUUGCUCGUUCUGUGGUUUUGGAGUACUCCUGUAACUACAGUUCCCCGGCAUCUUCUACAGCCCUUUGGAAAGAUGUUUUCCUUGAGGGGUGUUGAUUCUGCUACAGGCCAUGUUGUGGUCGGAAUACUCCCAUGGCUGUUUUUGACCUCUCGAGUCAGCAAGCUGCUGUGCCAGAAAUUCAGCUUCGUGCUGCUGCGUCCCUAGCCGGCUAGCCCUCCCUCUCAGCAAGUCAGCAAGUUGCUCAGUUGCUGUACCAAAAACCUGAGCCUUCGCUUGUACUUCUGCUGCGGCCAUAGCUUUCCUUUCCACGAGUCAGCCUUCCAUUUUCCACCAGACUAGGAGUAUAAUUUCGUAUCACAACUUGUUCAGCCCAUUUUGAUGUGCUUCUUGUGCUGACGUGCUGAAACCCGAUGCACAUAAAUUUUAUGCUCGAUGUAUAACUCUGGAUGAGAUGUGCCCGAAAAGAGCCUCCCUUGUUGAAUCAGUCAA